UGGAGGUGGGGAGUUAGUGUGUUCUCUCCCCAACUCUGUGACACAAAAUAUCCCCCUGACGCACUUUCCAUGGGCGUAUGAAUCGUGUGCCCAGCUCAGUGCCACGCCCAUAUGCUAAACUUUAAGUGGGGAAAUGCAAGGAUUUUCAAAAGGGAAAGGCCUAGCAUUUAGAGCCUUUUUUUAAAUUAAUUCUUAAAAGAAAAUGCCGCAUGUAAACAUCAUCCAAUACACUGGUUUAGUGUGAUCUCAGAUGGACUGAUGGACCCAUACGUACUUAGCGAUCUCUUUUGUGGAUAUAGUAAUAAUUUACGUUUGUCUUCGCUAUAAUAUAUUGAUUUUGGAAACAAAGAAAACUUUACAGAAUUUGUUUUUUUAGGAUGUAUCGAAAACGGUGUCAGUGAACACAUUUAUAAUUAUUUCAGUAUAACAUACAUACACUCAGAGAUAUAUAUCGCUUAACGACUAUAUUUAAAGGCUUACUUUAAUCCCUAUUUAAAGCAUUAAAGUGUUUUUGAAUGGGGGGGGGGUAGAGGUGACAUGCAACCUCGUGUGGCAGAUGAACUUUAAGCCUCAUUAACCAACCUAGGCCAAUUAUGGGCAACUGAUCAGAAUAUCAUGUAAUGCCAGUGUUCAAAUAACAAUAAUGACCUUCAGGAUCAUCACACGUGAGACUAGAUUUUUUUUACAACGUAAAUUAAAGGAAAGCGGCUAGUUCAUUUUUUUUUUUACCCAAUGGAAAUCAUCCAGCAAAAGCCUAAACGUCAAGGGAAGACGUGUUAGUUUUGACUUAAGUCGUAGCUCUGGACCACUGCUUAGGCCUACACGCUGGAGAGCAGCAGUAGGCAGUAUAUGUCACUGGUUUCCAAGGAAGGUGUGGCUGUCAGUGGUAAUUAAACAAGUGUGUGGCUGCCCAAGAAGUCAGCCGUACUUACCUAUAUGUGGUUGCAGGGGUCGAAUCUCAGCUCCUGACUGUGAUUACUAGAUGACGGAUGAGGUCGUGGUGCAGCAGAGUCUCUGGCCGUGGGCGUGAUGGAGUGGGCGUGAUGAAGUGGGCGUGAUGGAAUGGGCGUGUAUCAAGAUGAGUGUGGAGAAAGUCUUCAGUGUUCAUGUAGGAUGCUUGGUGCUCAAAUGACUCCCUGGUGAACACCUCUUGAACACUUGUACAACAUGGCUACCGACAGAUGUUGCUGCGUCUUAGAUGACUGCAGCAUUGACGACAAGUUAGCAGCACCACUCAACUUACUUCUGCAGAAACUGAAGAGAAAAUUUGACUUAUAGAUCAAACAUUGAAUUAAGACGUGUUAAGUGAGACUAGUGUAGCCAAACUUUUUAAAGUGUAACUUAAGUGAAAAAAAAAAUGAUCUCAUUAAGUGGACUUUAUGUAGAACAGAAUUUACUGGUAAAAUAUUGAAAUUUACACUGGUAAAAUAUUGAAGUUUACUCUGGUAAAAUAUUGAAAUUUACACUGGUAAAAUAUUGAAAUUUACACUGGUAAAAUAUUGAAAUUUACACUGGUAAAAUAUUGAAAUUUACACUGGUAAGAACCGAAAUUUCAGCACAUGCAAAUUUUAAGAUGCCAGUGAACCGUCAUGUUUCUUGCGCUUCCUCUUUCAGGGAAUAAAUCACGCGUUGAUAAGUAAUCACAGUGUAUACAUCGGGAAGAGUGUAUAUUUUAUACACACUGGGAAUUUGUAUUAAUCCUUGUUUUAGGGAUGAUGGUAUCCUUGGCUGGUGUGGUGUGCAGGAUACUAGUGUAACCCUAGCGACCCACGUGUAGUCGAUAGGAUUUAAAUCCAACAAAUAAGCCAAGUAAUCACAAAUGAAGUUGAAGUCCACUCUGAAGCGCUAUCCAUGGCGUCGUAAGAAACGAGCGACGACCUCUGACCCCGACCACACUCAGCAAGCAGGUCAGCAAGCAGGUCAGCUGCUGACAUCACAACCACACACGACAGACCAUCAACCGACUUGUAAAGUUAACCCCGCCGUGUACAACGAACUGGUUACCCCGAAGGACCCUGAUUUGGGACUGGGAACGCCAGAUAAAAGCCAGAUAUUAGUGACCCCGAGGGAGCCUAUUUUGGGAGCGAGAACAACACCAGAGCAGAGGCAGAUACUGACUGCCAGAGCCUUCACGCAGGAACUAGGAAGACCUGGUAAUCAGAUUCUGUACUCCAGUCCACCGGUUAUAUUAUUGUACCCAGGGACUGAUGACGACGACAACGACGAGUUCGGGGAGGUGCGACAAGUGCCGGUCAGCCUUUACUACGACACCUACGGUAAUGCCGUUGAAGAAGAAACGUUGGCUGGGGUGAGGAGCAACAUCUGCCCACAUCUUCCUGAGGGUGGACAGGACUUGGCACGGCUCAGGAGCCGCUACUGGCUGCAGGAAGAGUGUUUGGGCAACUACCAGGAGGAGAAAGCAAGCAGGGACGCCAUGGGCUACUACUGGGUUGAGAAAGAUAUCUGGGAACCUCAGGUGGGAGAGGUGAAGGGGCAGGUGAUGAAGCAGGCGGUUAAUAAUUCUCAGGAAGGUGUGAUUACGAGACUUAAUAUUGCGAGGCCAUCACCUGUUGAUUGUGAUUGUGGGUGGAACUUGAGACAGGACGAGGGGUGGGGCGUUCGCCGCCCACACUACCCACCCUCCGCCCACUACUGCCCUCUCAUCACCCUAGACAACACAACAUAUGUGGCUCAGCCUCACGAUAUGUUAUGGAUGUGUCAAAUGUACCCGGGCGUUGAGUGGACGGGGGAGGGUGGUGGGCAGCAAGCUGGAGUGGGCACAGGUAAGCCUGGCCAGUGUGUGGGUAUGAGUGUGCCCCAGCGUACACCUGCCCCGUUGCACUCCUCCACAAGGCACCGAAAGUCACAUUAUCGCGAGAGAAAUGAGAAGAAGCAGGACAAGCAGAAAAAGAUGUGGCAGGAGAUGAAAGUGUGGUGCAGGAGUGAUGGAGGUGUGUGUGACACCACACCAACACACCACACCUGUGAUGUCAACACCAAGGAUCACCUGUUGCAGCAACGAGCCUGUGGUGAGGGCGGCCAGUCUCCUGCACACCACCGCCAGAGGGCGGCCACACUGCCAGGACACACGGCCUCCACACUGCCGGGCCACACUGCUGACCACACCCUUACCCAUAUAGACUACGACAGCCUAAGACUGGAGUGGCAGCAUCUGAGGUAUGAUAAUAGACACUCUGCAACACACACAAACAGAGGUGCACCUCUGUCUGUAGACCUACUAGGUCCUCAUGCUGGGCCACAGGAGGCGCGACGGGAAGAGUGGUCAGCGGCAGGAGUGCCGGGGGGGCGUGAUGAGGGGGCGUGGCCCGGGGGACCGGAGGGCUGGACCAGUGGAACAUGUAGAGCACUGGGCCAGCCGGGAGCUGAAGCCUCAGUAUUAUCGCGCGCCUUGCCACGUGCACAUGUGCGCCCAGGCAGCACCGUCACACCCUCCAGUGUACACAGUGCCAGCAGUGAAAUAUACAGUGUGAUCAAUACGAAGAGCAAUGAGACGAGUGUAAAAGUAACAGCUGGCGAGAGUGAACCAUGGUUGGAGUACCGGCAUGGUGCUUGUGAGAGUGAGUGUACUUGUGACAUGCCCUGCAAGGUGUCGGGCAUUCCCGUGUAUCAGGGGCGAGGUGGGGAGCCUCCGCGUAACUCACGGGGAGAUGUGCCUCCCGCGACUCCUGCUGGAGGGGCCACUGGCCGAGGUCGAGGCGCCGGGCGCCGAGCAUCGGGAAGCAGGUUGUCAUCGACGUCUACGAGUCGUUCACCAGCCCAGGUGGGUCGACGAGGUAGCUUUGGUGCUCAAGUGUCCCCUGCAGGAUGCGCUGGGCAGGACAGUGGCUUGGUCUCGCAUCCAAGGAGGGCUUCCCUGCCAGGUCACGGGGGCGGCUUGACCCACACCACCGCUGCUGAGGAACAUGCAAGAGGCGUCUCGUACAGGGCGAGGACAUCUCCCUCCCCCUCUGCUCGCUCUCCUUCCAGUGGAAGAUCUCCGAGGCUGGGGUCUCGAGCACCUUCCCCUGCAGCGUCGAGGAAGACCCCCAGUGCGGUACGGCGGCGGGAACCACUAGUGGAUCCUCGCACGCCUCCCUCCACGCCACUGUCUCGUCGACCACCACCGCGAGCUCUGUACCAGGUAAGGCUGUCUCCCAGUCCCUCCCGGCGAGACUCACCACCCAUGCACAGAGAUAAGUCUGCCUCUAAACUUCCCGUCGUGGCUUGUAAACCCAGCAAGAGUGACACGUCGCAAAUCUCGUCCCGAGUCUUCCCUCCACGACCCAGUGCCGGGAGGCCCACCAUUGGACAGCGAACCGGAAAUGACUCGGUUAAGGAUCGCAUACAUGAUAAUAAAGGCGUGCGACAGACGUCAAUAAAGCAGGACAAUCCAACGAAGGAAUUGACAGAGUCCAUUGGUGUCCCCGACUCUGCUGAAGCUGAGGAGAACAACAGAACCGGUGGAGACUCCUCGGUACACCUGAGCAAGGCGUCACCCACCGCCGUUAACAACGACAUUCCUGACCGACAAAACGAGGCGACCUGGAGAGCGCUGGCUGCCUCACGAACUAAUUCGUCUUCCUGUCUACCUAAAACUUCUUCCCAAAUUGAUAAGACAUCAGGAUUGUUACGUCCGGGAAGCAACAGGUUGACUUCAUCAGUAUCCCGACUAAGUAGCUCCCGCCGCAACGCCAGUGACACUCCAAAAGUCAGUGACUCCAAGCUGGAGAGAACGUUGAGUGUUAGUUCCUCACACCUCACGCCCAAGACGAGCCUCACCCGCACUUACUCUGGACCCAAGAGCUCCCUGGUGUCGGGCGAUGGUGCUAGCCGGGCCAGGAUCGUCAGGAGGGUCAUGAGUGGUAGCCGAACCAACCUCAGCAAAAAGAAAUCCAACUCCAAGACUUCACUGGUUGUUGUCCGCCACAAUCUAUACAACCGUAACAAGUCUGGCUCCAAAAACUCUCUGUUGGGAUCAAGGAAUAACUUAUUUAGAGCAAGUUUUGAUUCCCAGAGGACAGAAAGUACCACAGACUCCGGCUGUAACUCUCCUUUAUAUGGAAGUCAGUGUUCCCUUGAUGGUGAACGCAAGAAGUACAGUUCCUCCCCUUGCCCAAGUCUCCUCAAGAAAGUAGGAUCAGGUUCUUUAGCUUCGACGGUAUCAAAAUCAAACAGUGAUGAGUUUAAUAAAGCGGAUUCUAAACUAACGGAACAUAAUGGUAAGUCUACACCAGUACGUGUGAACACACAGACACCUGCUAUAACCGACCCGGACUCAAAAGCUGCAGUCAGAGAAUCUGAUGCCAAUGACAAGGACAUGACGAUAGUUUCAAAGAUCGGCAAAUCAGUUGUCGAGGCGUGUGGGUCAAACAGUAAAGAAAAUAAGGUGAAUAUUGUCCAUGCUCAUUCUCUCAGUAGUAGUCAGUUGUUGAACAGGAUGGAAAAGUCACCGGUGUCAGUAAAGCGGUCAGUUAGUUUGCAAUUACCGAGAGGAACAAAGCCUUGUCUGCCUCCUAAGCCGUCAGCGUGCAACCUUCGUGCCAGUAGCAGCUCCCGCAUCGCCUGCACUGAAAGUAUUAAAGCUCCAGAGAACAGACAGCUGCCUGGUAUCAAUGUCUCCUUUCGCUCUGUUUCAACCCGACAGCUGCCAAGUUGCAGCAGCGAUAAAAAUAUCAUGGGAAGCAACGAAAGGCAUACAGAAAAUAGAGACAAAAAAGAGGUUACCAAAGUCUCCAUUGUGGCAGAACCUAAAAGAAGAGAAGAAAAGGGCAUUCAAGUUGAGGCCUCGAGUAGUGAAGAGGAUACAGAGGAAGGUGACUAUGAGGCAGAAGAGGAGGAGGAAGAUCACCGUGAGAAGAGUGGUAGGGCAGGUAGACAACACGGUCAAGGUGAGGGAGCCUCACCAGUUCAAUCUCAAGUUGUGUAUGAGGACAACAGAAGCAUCCCAGGGCCACCCCAGCCUACUCCAUUCAGAGUGAGGGUGGAGAGGGAUUCCCAGUCUGCUAUUGACAAACUGAGAAAGAACACCGUCGUACAUAUUUCGAGGGAUCCUAAGAUGCAAACGAUUCGCAAAAUAGAAUGUCUGAAUGAAAUCGAGGACAACAGAAGCAACGAGAAGAGGGCGAAUGUAGCUGACGAGGAAAGUCAUUUAAUUCAGCGUCUGGAAACUUCUUUGGCUGACAUUAUAGACUCUGCGGUGCUGAAAAACCUGAAAAUUAAUGGGAAUGUUUUGUCGGACCAGUUUGACGCCAUUAUUGCCACGCUCAAGAAAGUAGCUGCGUCGGUAGACUCAGGUGAACCCGACUACCCUCCCCUCAACCGCCGUAACUCUGAAUCUGGAUUAAAGGUCGCACCGAAAACCCACUUUUUACCUCCCACGCAGAAAAUUCCCUUGCCACCCUCCAUGCCGAAGAUCCCCUUAUCCACCUCCAUGGGUAAGAUCCCCUUAUCCACCUCCACAAGUAAGACAUCUUUGUCCACCUCCACGGGUAAGACAGCCUUGGGUCCCUCCACGGGUAAGACAUCUUUGUCUUCCUCCAUGCCGAAGACACCCUUGUCCCCUUUCACACCGACGAUUCCCAUGUCCCCUACCUCGCUGAAGAUUUCCUUGUCACCCUCCACGCCCGCUACGCCCGCCACGCCCACGUCCGUGUCGUCAUCCUCGUCUUCCAUGAGUCCCGCAAGCCCAUCUACUCCACGGACGCCCCCGUCUAAGACUCCUCUGUCACUUUUUUCCAUCAUUGAGAGCUCUUCAGGACAGGCGAGAACGCACCAGUUAUCCCAAGGCAGGAAGCUCUCUCUUCCUCAAGAGUCCUCACAGGACAUUUCUCCCACCCUGGAAGAGCUGGCUCGCAGGCACCACGGUAACCCUAACCACCUCAGGGUUGAUCAGGACCAUGUGGAUUUUAUGGACCUGGACCAGCCAUAUGUUAGCCCAGCUCCGGCGGGAGUAAGCACCAGUGAGCUCGUUGGAGGAGCACCUACACCAAAAGCUUACGGUAGGAAGAACAGCACAGGAUCUCUCGGUCUCAACUCCUGUACAUUUCUUCAAGAUAAUUCUUAUUACUCUGGAGGACCCGCAACCACGACCAGCGUGACCAAUCUGAAUUCCCCAGGAGAUUACUCGACUGCGUCUGAAUCUCAGCAGAGUUCAUUCAGAAAGGUUCACAGCACUUCCAACGUUAAUGGUGCGCCUUCAGGUGGGUCGCAUCGCUUAUUCCAGCGUCAUCUGUCGCUCUGUGGUCCUGACGACGUCUGUGCGGAGAACAGAUUGCGGAAAAGCUUGUCUAAAAGUCGUGAGCUGCUUAGCCAGUUAGAAAAUGAAUACAAGAAAAUAAAAGGCGAUGAGAACAAGAGCACCCGUAAUUCUCUUCUCAUAGAUCAGAGUUGGCUCGAUAAAGACUUCGAUGAACUUCUUCAGACUUUAUCUAACGACAAGGCUAUUCACUCGGAUCCCCACGAGGCACUAGCCUUCUUGACCAACAAUAAUGCCAACACUAUUACAUCCUCCGCCGCUUCUAACAAGGGCGACAAAUGGAGGUACUCCAAGAAGGACAUGCCGCCACUGCCACAGGUUGACAGUCCGAGGGCAAGGCGCCAACAGAGUCAGUCUGGAUCUGAGGGCCGACAUAUCUUCUCGUUCUUCCAAAAGAAAGGUCGGAGUCAAUCUCUCUCCGGCACGGAAGCGAUCAAGAUAACUCUGCCAUCAACACCAGAGAACGGUCCUCAGGGAGCCCAUCGUCGGCUGGAAGCCGCCCAUGGACCUCGGAGAGUCACUUACGAGAGCGCGACGUUGGAUCGUCCUGGACGAACUAACCGAAGUAACAGUAUCCCGUCGGCGGCGCCACAAGCCUAUGCCGGGACUGCGUUACCGCACGAACUCGUGGGUAUCUUCAAGCAGGGAAGGAGUAAAUCCCUCUCUAAACCAACUGGUAAAGAAGACCAGACGAGAGAUCAGGAGGAGGUGGAGGAAGAGAGAGGAGAGGACAAAGUUCAAGAGGACGAGGAGGAGCCAGCUAAACAAAUGCGCUCUCUCUCCUUGCCCAAGUCUUUCCUCUCAGACAAGUACGGACUGACAGGCUUCAAGGCUGCUCUGCCAAGGUAAGUGUCAGCGAUUUACCUGGCUGAGUUUAACAGUCUUGUUGCCCCAUCUUACCUGCUGGCCUUGGAAAGCUCUGCUUUUCAAAUCAUAACAGUUUCAUCACACAUUAAAACAUCCUUCAUAUUCCUGCCUCUGUUAUUACGUUCGGAUAUAUUGGAGACUGUUAGAGUUUCUCUGAGGUCAAAUUUUAUCUGACUGGCG